GUGGUCCAGUCAAGAAAAACUGAAUCAAUCACAAUUUCAGACUGGAAACUGGUUUACCAAGAGAUCCCAGUGUUUGAAUGCCGACAUUGUGAAUUCUUUUCGUUUCUUCAUUGACCCUACGAGGGUGUAUGAGGCGUAAUACUGCUUCUCGAGAACACCAAUGGCAAGGUGGCCGAGUGGUCUAAGGCGUAAUGUUUAAGAAAAUUGAAUUCUAUUCCUAUUCAUAUGGGAACCAUUAUAUCGAGAGAUGCCAGGGUUCGAACCCCUGUCUUGCCAAUGCAAACUUUUUGCUCUCUUUAUCUUCUCUUUUUGCUUACCAUUUAUUUGCGCGAUAGGUAGGGAAGAGUCAUCUGCCUAUCUACCUAUCAUCUAUUAUCGAUCGACAAGUGGUGGCUCGACGGCCACCCUUGCGCCAGCUGUGUUCUCGGAACCAGCCAGCGCGACCUGGCCGCACUCUCGUGAUAUUUCUUUAUGCGCCGCUACAAACAAACAGUGUGUAGACUGUCCCUCGCGCCGGUCAAUGCGAAUUGCGCCGCACUAAUUAAGACGAUGCCGAGUGCCGUCCACGAAUUUGCACACGAAUAACC